AUGACCAACCAGAAGAUGGACUCCAUUUUGAUUAUCGGUGCCGGGGUGUUUGGCCUGUCGACAGCGCUCGAGCUGACCAGGAGGGGAUACACAAACAUCACUGUGCUCGACCGCCAUGUCCCGCCGGUUGUCGACGGAAGCAGUGUUGACAUUUCGCGCAUUAUACGUGCAGACUAUGCUGAUCCCGUCUACGCGCAGAUGGCCUUGGAGGCCUACAAGGGCUGGACGAGCACAUACUCCGACUUCUACUACGAGUCCGGUUUCGUUUUGAUAUCCGAGACCGCCUCCAACCCGUACAUUGAGAAGUCAAAACAGAACAUCCUUGACAAGGGCGGUCGUGUCCGUGAGUUCUCUAAUAUCAGACAGAUGCGCGCUCUUUACCCCGGUAUUGAAGCCGACCUGCCAUCCGCGCAGGGAUACAACAACCCCGUCGGAGGAUGGGCGGACGCAGCGGGAAGCAUCGGACGUUUGGCUUCCCAGUGUAGCGUUGCGGGCGUAUCCUUCAUCACCGGCCGUCGUGGAACAGUACAUUCACUACGUAGGUCCGCUGAUCGUGUCGUUGGCGUCAACCUUGCGGACGGAACACACCUCCUCGCGUCGCAAGUCAUCCUCGCCACAGGCGCAUGGUCAAACCGCCUCAUCGAUCUCUCGCACACUGCAUCCUCCUCUGGCCAACCCGUCGGCUUCAUCCAACUCACCGCUGAUGAGGCCGUCAAGUUUGCUAAGACGCCUGUCAUGAUCAACAUGACAUCCGGCGUGUUCUCUUUCCCGCCCACACCUGGAACAAACAUCUUGAAGCUCGCCCGCCACGGUUACGGCUUCGCCACUGAAGUCAAGUCUGAAGCAACCGGUCGCACUAUCUCAGGCCCCAGGCGAGACUCCAGCAAUGCAGCUUCUGGAUUUCUACCUGACGACGCGGAUGCAGGCCUCCGAGAUGGCUUGAAGAGUCUUUUCCCCAGCUUGGCCGAUCGGCCUUGGAUCAACCGCAGGCUGUGCUGGUACACAGACACUCCGACUGGAGACUUCAUCAUUGACCGUCAUCCAGCAUUGGAAGGCCUUUUUGUUGCUACGGGCGGUGCGGGGCACGCAUUCAAAUUCCUCCCCGUCCUAGGUAAAUACGUUGCCGAUUGCUUUGAGGACCGCGCAUCCAACGAGCUGCGCCAGAAAUGGAGGCUGAAGGCGCCUGAGAAGGAGAGUGUAGGUGGUUCGGUGGUUAUGUCUGGAGACGGCAGCCGCGGAGGACCGCCUCUGCGGAAGUUGUCGGUGUUGGAGCAGUCGAAGUUGUGA